UUUCAAAUCACUAGAUUUGAGUAGAAACAAAAAAAUAGUUGGAAUCAUUCUUUAAACUUCAGGAUUUAUGACAAAUCCCCACAGCUUAUAUUUACACUCCAAUUUAUUCACUACAGGUGGUAUCCCUUCGAUUUUCCAUUUGAGAGAUUUACAACAUUUUGAUGUUUCUCAAAAUCAAUUAAGUGGUGGCAUUCAAGAACAAUUAGGAACUUUAAAUGAUCGCUUUCAUGUAGAUGUCUCCCGAAAUAAUUUGAGUGGAAAUGUACCGGACAUUUGGAACAAUUACUUACUUGUUGAUGGUAACUUUAGUCACAACAAAUUUAAUAGAACAUUACCAUCUAGUAUAUGCAGUGACCUACCAUCAUGUAGCAUUGAUUUGAGCUAUAAUAGUAUCUCUGGUAGCAUACCUAGAGAAUUUGGUAGGCUACAAUACAUCAACUUGUCAUACAAUCUUCUUAGCAGCUAUGUUCCAAGUGAAGUUUAUAGCUCUUUUCCUCAUGACAUUUUAAAUGGUAAUAGAGAAUUACUUGGGCCAGAGAAGAUACAUAAAGGCUCAAAGAAGAUACAAAAAGGCUCAAAGUCUUUGCUGAAAAUCAUUAUUCCUUUGACAAUUUUUCUUGUCAUCAUAUUUGUUGUGGGUUUCGUCUUAUUUGAAUCAUUCAAAAAGCACAAGAAAUCCAUAAGUAAGGCAAGAAAAGCAAAAAAUGGGGAUUUGUUUUCCAUAUGGAAUUAUGAUGGAAAAAUGGCAUAUGAAGACAUCAUUGAAGCAACAGAGGACUUUGACAUCAAAUAUUGUAUCGGAACCGGUGCUUAUGGAAGUGUUUAUAGGGCACAACUUCCAAGUGGCAAAAUUGUAGCAUUGAAAAAACUCCAUAGAAGAGAAUAUGGAAACACAGUUUUGGCCAAGAGUUUUCACAAUGAAGUGAAGAUGUUGAGUGAAAUUCGACAUCGUAAUAUUGUAAAGCUUCAUGGUUUUUGUUUGCAUAAUCAAUGUAUGUUUCUCAUCUAUGAAUACAUGGAAAAAGGAAGCCUUUUUUAUGUGUUGAAUUAUGAUGAUGAAGCUAAAGAGUUGAAUUGGAGUAAGAGAGUGAAUGCCAUUAAAGGAAUAACAAAUGCUUUGUUGUAUAUGCAUCAUCACUGUGCUCCUCCAAUUAUCCACCGAGACAUAACAAGCAAUAAUAUAUUGUUGAACUCAAAGAUGGAAGCUUUUUUAUCAGACUUUGGCACAGCUAGGAUCAUUGAUCCAGAUACCUCUAAUCAGACUAUAUUAGUUGGUACUUAUGGUUAUGUUGCUCCAGAGCUUGCAUACACCUUAGUUGUUACUGAAAAAUGUGAUGUUUAUAGUUUCGGGGUGGUGACAUUAGAAACAAUUAUGGGAAGACAUCCUGGAGAUUUGAUAUUAUCUUUGUCAAGGACCUGUACAGAGAGCAUUUUGCUAAAGGAUAUUUUAGACUCACGUCUCCCUUUACCAUCACAGAAAGAUGCAGGAGAUAUAACUCUUUUGGUCACAAUAGCAUUAGCAUGCUUGAACCCAUCUCCCAAAUCUCGACCAUCAAUGCAACAGGUGUCUCAAGGGCUUUUAUCUUCCAACCUUCCAUUAGCAAUUCCUUUCAAUAAUAUCUCAAUCCAACAUUUAGCAAAUGAAGAUAUGCCAAUGAUACAGUAAAAAGCUUGGAGAUUUGGCUCAGUGUUUGCUUUGUAUCUCAGAUGAAACUUUUAAAGACUUGCUUCAAAGUCUAGAUUUGAAAUCUGCCAUA